UCAAUCGAGGAUAAAGGCAGAACUUUUGGUCCUGCCUUUAGUCUGUUGGCUCUAAGUAGCAGCACUGCUCAGAAAAGCAAAGUUAAGCAAACUCCAAAACCUUUCUUAAUUAUACUCUCUUUCUCGAUUGCAAGCAGCAGCAGUAGAUGCUCUUUUGCACCCAUAAUACACUCGCUAUCUCCUCUCAGGCCGACUCCUGCAAAUGGCAAACAAUCCCACAGAACCUCCAGCCGACGAUUUCCUCCAAGAAAUACUCGGCCUACCUAACUUCGCUUCGGCUGACGCAGCCGGCUUGGUCGGAGCCGACGGUGCCUUGGCUACUCCGAUGAUGCUGCAGCUUAGCUCUGGAGACGGCUCCAACCACAUCACUGCCCUAGGUGGAGGGGGAGGAGGAGGAGGAGGCGCUGGAUUUCACGGGUUUCCGUUGGGGCUAAGCUUGGAGCAAGGAAAAGGAGGGUUUUUAAAGCCUGAGGAAGCUUCGGGAAGUGGAAAGAGGUUUCGUGAUGACGUUGUCGAUGGCAGAGCUAAUACUGUUAAGAACGUUUUUCAUGGUCAACCAAUGCCCACAACUAUGGCUGCAGCCCCACAUCCUCCCACAAUGCGCCCCAGGGUGCGGGCUAGACGAGGACAAGCCACAGAUCCACACAGCAUUGCUGAGCGGUUGCGCAGAGAAAGAAUAGCUGAAAGAAUUAGGGCAUUGCAGGAGCUGGUUCCUAGUGUCAACAAGACAGAUAGAGCUGCCAUGCUUGAUGAAAUUGUGGAUUAUGUGAAGUUUCUAAGGCUCCAAGUGAAGGUAUUAAGCAUGAGUAGAUUGGGCGGAGCUGGUGCAGUCGCACCACUUGUAACGGACAUCCCACUAUCAUCAGUUGAGGAUGAAACUGGGGAAGGUGGGAGAAACCAACCAGCAUGGGAGAAGUGGUCGAACGAUGGCACAGAACGACAAGUGGCUAAACUGAUGGAAGAAAAUGUGGGUGCUGCCAUGCAGUUUCUGCAAUCAAAGGCUCUUUGCAUCAUGCCCAUCUCACUGGCCACAGCAAUUUACCAUACACAAGCACCGGAUACCUCAACUAUUGUAAAACCAGAAACAAAUCCCCCAUCAUAGACCGUACAAACGGGUAAGCAUCCCAUGGUCCCAUCUAAAAAGGUCGCCUAAGUGCUUGGGGUCCCACAUUUUGUUUGUCCCGUUAAAAAAGAAAAAGAAAAAAGAAAAUCCCACGAUUAGAUGUUGGCUAAUUUCAAAUUGCAAUCAAAGUCAGAUGCCAUAGUUUUUGCUUUUGCAUUUCUUUUCCAUCUUUUAUUUUCAAAAUAGGGUUCGAUGUCAAAGCCUAAAAAAAGGCUUGCCAAGUUGAAGUGAAGGAGAAGAAUUGUCAAAGCUCACUUGAUAGCUCUUCCUUUUUGAUAUCGGUGGUGGGGAUAGUGGGAAAUGAUGGAAGCACUUUUCUAGUGGGGGCUCUAAUUUUUGGUAGUGGUUGUGGGACCUUGUAAAAGGGAUAUAGGGGUACAUAAUUUCAUGAUAUUAAUAAUAUUAUUAUUGUAAUA